AUGGUAGAGACUCUUACUGCUGACCAAAUUCAGGAAUUCCGCCAGGCCUUCGAUAUCAUCGACAGAAACGGUGAUGGAGUUAUCACUGUUGAUGAUCUUGCCGCUGUUAUGAGGGCAAUCGGCCAAUCCCCAACAGCUAACGAAUUACAAGACAUGAUCAGAGAAGUUGAUGCUGAUGGAAACGACACAAUCGACUUCACUGAGUUCCUUGCUUUAAUGUCUCGCCAAAUGAGACAGUCUGAUAUCGAAGACGAGCUCAGAGAAGCAUUCAGAGUUUUCGAUCGCGAUACUGACGGCUUUAUUACACCAAACGAGCUCAGAUCUCUCUUGAUCAGCUUGGGCCUUGACUCAUCUGCUGAAGUUGUUCGCAGAAUGAUCAAUGAAGCUGAUAAGAAUAGAGAUGGAAAGAUUGAUUAUGCCGAAUUUCGUGCUCUUGCCCUCGGAAAGUAA